CUGAACUCAAUCAAAACAAAUCAAUCUCGUAGGACUAGGAGUAGGGCCGGUCGAUUCCCUUUUCGUGUCCAACUCAGACUACAAGUCUAGAACUAGAAGAAGGUAUAGCAGAUGAGAUUGGCAGCAUCCUUGUUCCUCAACUCGUUGCGUAUUCGUGACACUUUCUUUGGGUUUGGGCGGACAAGGCCCUUUACCUUUACCUUUGGCUUUAGGGGUGUGAGUAUGACAUAGAUAUCGACUAUCCAUGGGAAGGGAAUGGAUCCUUUGUUAGAUAGAGGGACCGACGGAUGAGUAGGAGGGGUACGUGGGGCAAAUGUUGUGUUGUCACAACUCUGAACAUGCGCGCGCCAGCACCAGCAGAGGCCCAGCCCAAGGCAUCCCAACUCUCGACAGACGACAUUUCACAUUUGUGUUAGUUGUUGCUCUUUUUUCUCUCUCUCUCUCUCUCUCUUCGUCGUGGGACUGCACUGGAAAGUGGAAACAACCGUUACAACGUGCACUCUCCCUGUUUGUACUAACAUUACAUCGUGAAAAUUCAAAAAUUUCACAAGGAGGGAAAAUGGAAACCGUUUGAUGGUUGCGACAUACAACGAGUAUGCUACACGACAUGACCCACCACUUGGUUGGACCAAUCCCGUGAGAUUCCACUCUAGGAAAAGCCGAAAAGGAGGUUCAGAGACGUUCAGGUAUAAACGAAUCAGGAGUCCUUCCCUCCACUCCACAAAUUGGGAUUUGGGUUUGGGCGACCAAAAAUCCAUUUAAAGAUUUCCACGUUGUCUUUGAUCCCCACGGCCACCGAAUUGAAUUCCAAUUACCAAACAAUUACAUUCCAACUCCUAAUUUUUCACAACACAAAGAUAAAGAAGCUGAUGGCGACCUGGCGAAAGGUUACUCUUCUUCUUGCGCUCCCAUUUCUAUUCGGAAGAACAGCGUUCGCGACCGUCUUCACCCUCCAAAACUUCUGUGGCUACACUGUCUGGCCAGGUGUCUUAUCUGGCAAUGGUGCUGCCGUCCUCGGCGAUGGUGGCUUCUCCUUGCCGCCCGGCGCAUCGCUCCAGCUCACCGCACCGCCUGGAUGGUCCGGCCGAUUCUGGGCUCGCACCGGAUGUAACUUUGACGAGUCGGGUAAUGGUAAAUGCGCUACUGGCGAUUGCGGUGGAUUGAACUGCGCCGGGGGUGGCGCACCACCCGUUACACUGGUUGAAUUCACCAUCGGUACUAACGACAACGACAACAAUAAGGAUUUCUACGACGUCAGCCUGGUGGAUGGCUACAAUGUGGGUAUGGGAGUACGGCCGUCGGGUGGGACGGGAGACUGCCAGUACGCCGGUUGCCUUACUGAUCUCAACGGUAGCUGUCCGGCAGAACUGCAAGUAACGGACACGGGGAACAACGUGGUAGCAUGCAAGAGCGCGUGUGCGGCGUUCAACACACCGGAGUUUUGCUGCACGGGAGACCACUCGACGCCACAGACGUGUUCACCCACCCAGUACUCGGAGAUGUUCAAAAGUGCGUGUCCGACGGCGUACAGUUAUGCAUACGACGAUGCGUCCAGCACGUGUACCUGCACGGGAUCCGAUUACUUGAUCACCUUCUGCCCUACUACUGGAUCAUGACUCGAUAGUCGAUACUUUCCCCCUUCUUUCACUCUGUGGGUCAUCCCAUGCGAAAUGGGAAUGAAUGAUACAUGCAUGCAUCUCACCUCUGGCUUGUUUUUGUCUUGUAUCUUCAUUUUCUUGAUUAAUUUUUUUUUUUAUUUGAUUGUGAAGGGUGGCGUUGGUGCCCGAAUUUUAUGACCGGAAUCGGACAUGGUUCAUUGGUUGAUGAUCUCUUGUCUUGUGUAAAAAUCGGAUAUGCUUCGCAUCGCAUUAAUCCCUUCAUCUUAUGUUUCAUUUGGAAGAACACUUGAUAAUAACUAAAAUGAAAUUGUUCAA